AUGUUUGAACGGAAGCAGUUCAAGACUAGGUUAUGCGCUCUCUAUCAGAAAGGUCGCUGUAAUCGCCUCAACUGUUCCUUUGCGCACGGGAAUGCCGAGCUUCGACGUUUCUCUUCUUCCUCCUAUAAUGGAAGGAAAGACUAUUUGGGUAAUGACUUGAGGGAUAAACUUGACAGAAGGCAAUUAUCACCUCCAAGAUAUUCACCAGCUCGUGACGCAAGAGGUCGACAGACUAUUCGAGAAUACAGUCCACUGAGGUCUCCAGAUAAAAGAAGUGACAGAAGACAUAAGAGAAAACAGGCCAUCAGUGGCCAAAGUGAUAUUUCUGGAAGUUUAAAAGUCUCUGAUAGAAAUAAUGAUCAAGUUAAAGAAGGAAAGAUGCUUUCCUCUGGUUCUAGAAAUACUCUUGAAGAUCAGCUGAAGAAAGUUCAUUCUGAUAUCAAAACUCUUGAGAACCGAAAAUUCCAAUUGUCGGUCUACCUAGAUGAGAGUGUUCAUGAGGUGGAUAGCCUUAAUUCUAGAAUUCAGGAUCUCGAGGCUGAGUUAAACAAGGAGAACGAGGAGUAUAAAAGAAUUACUUCAAGAAUAAGGAAGUUUGUUCGAAUGUAUAAUCAUAAUUUGGAGUUGCAAGAUGAACUGAAGAGAUCACAGGUUCGACUCCAAAGGUUUGGAGACCACCUUUUCACAGACAUUUCUACAAUUGGUGUUAGCGAGGAAGAUUUAACUGUUGAUAUUGUAAGCAAUGGUGAUAAUACUGGUCUUCCUCCAAUCACUAAACUUAGUUUGGAGCAGAAUGGUGGAUCUCCCUGCAGAAAAAGGCUGCACGUGGAACGAGAUUCUGUGGAAGAGUUAAAACAAGAUAAAUCAAAAGUCGGGCAUUUGGUUGAAACAGAAAGAAGUGGGAAGCGUUCUCGAUGGAGUUUGUCUGCUAAAACAAACGAUAAGGAUUGUGAGGAGGCACCGGGCAAUGGAAUUGAAGUUACUAGGCACCUAGAUCUUGAAGGGAAAUACAAGAAAGGAAUAUGGAAUUCUUCAAACAACAUUCAUUCAGAAAAGGUUACUAAUUCACUCAAUUUCAGGGCAGCUCUGCCUCUGCUGCCAAAGGAAUCCAGGAUUGAAGUGCCGUCAACCAGCAUGGCAGCUCAUGUGUUUGAUGAGGAAGUUGAUAUUGAACAUGAUAACGGAACUGAUAUCUCUGAAAAUGCAAAGACAGAGAAUGAGAAUGGAGUGGAGUUCCAUGUGAAGGGCAUAUCUCACAUGCUUACCACAGAUUUGAUUCCCCAUAGCAAUUAUUCGCAGUUUGAGGGUAAACGCGAGAAUGUGGAUGUGGAUGGUCUUAAUGAAGAAGCAGCAGGAGUACAUGUGAACUAA